AUGAUUGAAAAUAAUAUUGACAAACCACUCACCUUCGGAUUUUCCGCCAUCUUUGAGGGAAGCUGCCGUUGAACGCUGAGAAGGCAAUUUAUAAGUGUGAGUUGCGCAUGCGUGUGGUUCAUGUUGGCCUAGGCAUCAAUCAAACAUGGGUGGUGGCAAAAGAUUUGAUUACCCAAAAUAUGUUUGGUCACCUACUGGUGGCUGGUGGUGUGAGCCAAGAAACUGGAAAAGAAACACAGCGUUUGCAUUCAUUGGACUUUUUGCUGCAAUGAUCCCCAUUAUUUAUUAUGAUUACAAUAAUUUGAGGCGUCUGAAGCCACCACAUACACCACUGCCUUGGCAAAAAUUUGCAAAACAUGCAGUGGAAGAUGAUCCUCGACUAGCUGAUUUGUAGCUGGUGCUUGUAAAUUUAGUGAGUGAAAACAACAAAAAACUUUUUAUUAUCAUAGAAAUAUGCCUGUAAACAAAUGAAUUUGACUUGUUCUAAGAAGAUCAGUUGCUUGUUACAAUAAUUGUUUUAUGUGGUUCGUGUGACUGAAAGAAACUUAUCUGUUUACAUUAA